CGUUAACAUGUCUUCUCCCAAAUACCCUCUAUUAUUUCGAACACAACCAGGAUACAUCUUAAGAACAAGUCGAGCAAAUUGUCCUGCCACAAAAUCUAGGAAACAUGAAGACAAAAUGUUUAUGAUCGAACUUGAGUCACUGGUAUCAGAACCUGAAUAUGAAAAAGACUUUAACAGUUCAAACUGACUAAAUGAUUCUUCUGGCUAUCCUGUCGCUUCUUCGAAUGUUGGUAAGCCUGCACAUCUAGGAUCAGGAACCUUCAGAGCAGUCAAGGAUUACUUUAAAUAAAGGAGAAGUUAGAGGAUCUACCUUUACACUUAUUACUGCUGUACUUGGAUCUGGGACAAUCACAUUUCCUUAUCUAGCUAUGAACAAUGGGAUCCUUGGAGCUGCUCUAUUGAUCAUUUUUGGAGCUGUAUUAUGUCACUUUACAGGGAUGCUUUUAAUCAGCUGAGCCAACAAAAUUGGGUCUGAUAAAUACGAAGAUUUUGCUGCCUAUUGUUUUGGAAGGAAAAUGGUCCUACUCACAGGCUGGUCCAAUGUGCUCACACUUCUUGGAUUUGUAAUAUCUUAUAUCGUUUUCUUGAAGAACUUAAUACCUCAUAUACUUGAUAUCUUAUUUGGUCUUGAAACCCUUCCUGAGUUUAUAGGAAAUGGAGAGUAUAAGGGACAAAUCUUUUGGGCUACUAUGUAUACUUUCUUUGUUCUUCUGCCCCUCUCAAUUCCAAGGAAAAUAGGAACCCUUCAGUUUACUUCUGUGUUUGGAGUUUUUUGUAGCUUAUACCUUAUAAUAUGUAUCACUUUGAUGUUCUUUGAUAAGACUAUUGUUCCAGAUAUGAGUAAAUCUAUUGCCCAAGCUGAUUACUUAAUCCUCUCAUGGGACAGAGUUGCAAAUGCUCUACCUUUCGUAGUAUUCUCCUUCAUGUAUCAGCCUAACAUGCCUAUUAUUUACACUGAACUGAACCAGAAAUCAUACAGCAAGAUGAAUAAAGUUGUAACAUAUGGGACUACAAUCGGAGUUGUGCUUUAUAUAACAGUAUCUACUUUUGGUUACCUUGGACUAGUUGGAGAUGAAGAGAAACUUAGUAUUUUGAGAGAGAAGAGUAAUAUCCUAGAGGUUCCAUACCCCAACACCUCUUUCAAAAUCGCCAUUAUCGGCCUAGUCUUCGCCAUCUUCUCUGCUGCUCCUGUCUGCUCAAUUCCCGCCAAAGACGCUUGUGAAAAGAUCCUGUACCCCACUUCAACUAUGACGCCUACUCAAAAUUUUUUCAUGACCAUAGCUAUAUGUAUAGGGUGCUACUGAGCAGCAGUUGGGAUUCCUGGAAUUGGAGAUGCAAUUACGAUAUUCGGGUGAACUCUAAAUCCUCUAAUUGGAUUUAUACUCCCAGUAGUGUUUUAUUUAAAAGUGGAGGACCAAGUGCCUAUGUGGAAGAGAGCAGGGUGUUACUUUGUUCUAGUGUUUAUAACUUGUGUCUCUGUUUCAAGUUUCAUAUUCUUCCUCAAGCAAAAACUUGCUUAAUUCCGAUGCAAUCCUCACUCCUUAACCGUUUUCGAUUUUAAAAGUUU